AGCAGCUCCUCCAGCGGCUGCGGCAGCAUUGGCAGGCCCGACAAUGGCGCCUACGACCACCUUCGACGUCAUCGUCCUCGGCGGCGGCAGCGGCGGCAGCGCCUUCGCCCGGCGCGCGGCGGGCUACGGCGCCCGGGUCCUGCUCGUGGACAAGGGCCCGACGCGGGACGCGUCGGGCAAGCGCACGGGCGCCGGCUUCGGCGGCACGUGCGUCAACGUCGGCUGCGUGCCCAAGAAGAUCAUGUACAACGCGGCCCACUGCCGCGAGAGCGCGCUCGGCCCGACGGCGACGGCCGCGGGCCUCGGCGUGUCGCUGAGCGGCGGCGCCGUCGACUGGGCCGCGCUCAAGCGGCGGCGCGACGCCUACGUCGCGGGCCUGAACGCGGCCUACGAGCGGAACUGGAAAAAGGCGGGCGUCGAGGUGCUCGUCGGCGCCGCGUCCUUCGUCGACGCCCGCACGAUCGCCGUCGACGGGAACCGCUACGCCGCGGACGAGGUCGUCGUCGCCGUCGGCGGCGCGCCGGCGAGCCUCGACAUACCCGGCGGCGCGCUCGCCGUCGACAGCGACGACUUCUUCGACCUGGAGGACCUGCCGAAGAAAGUGUGCGUCGUCGGCGCGGGCUACAUCGCCGUCGAGUUGGCGGGGAUUUUGCACGGCCUCGGCUCCGACGCGGACCUCGCCUUCCGCGGCGACACGGUGCUCCGCCGCGGCUUCGACCCUUUUGUGGUCGAGACCAUCAUGGGCGAGCUCGAGGCCCACGGGCCGAAUUUGGUGCGGCGCGCGACGCCCGCGGCGGUCGUCGAGGAGCGCGGGAAGCUGACGCUCGAGCUCGAGGACGGCCGCCGCCUCGCGGGCUACGACGCGGUCGUCGCCGCGGUCGGCCGCGCGCCGGCGACGGCGGCGCUCCGGCUGGAAAACGCGGGCGUCGCCGUCGACGCGCGGGGCCGGGUGAUAGUGGACGACUACCAGAACUCGAGCGCGCGCGGCGUCUACGCCGUGGGCGACGCGUGCGACCGGGGCUACGAGCUCACGCCCGUGGCCAUCGCCGCGGGCCGGCGCCUCGCGGACCGGCUCUUCGGCGGCGAGCCGCGGGCGCGAUUGGACUACGCGGACAUUUCUACUGUGGUUUUCAGCCACCCGCCCAUCGGGGUCGUCGGCCUCACGGAGCCCGCGGCGCGCGCGCGCUACGGCGACGUCGCCGUGAAGGAGAGCAGAUUUCCGUCCAUGGCCUUCGCCUUGAACGGCGCCGGGGCCAAGGUGACGACGGCGCUGAAGCUCGUGCUCGCCGGGCCCGAGGAGCGCGUCGUCGGCCUCCACCUCGUGGGACCCGGAUCCGACGAGAUGCUCCAGGGCUUCGCCGUGGCGCUGAAGAUGGGCGCGACGCGGUCCGACCUCGAGGCCGCCGUCGCCAUCCACCCGACCGUCGCCGAGGAGCUCGUCACCUUCGGGGGCUGGGGGCAGACGAGGGACGCGGCGCCGCUCCUGCCCCGGCACCUCCGGCGCCCGGAGCCCCCGCUCGCGGCCAUCCUCGCGGCCGCAUGCGCUGCGGGCGCGCUCGCCGCCGCGGCCCUCGCGCGGCGGCGCUAGGCGCUAGGCCGUAAGCGCGCCGUGUGAGGUC